AAUUGAUAUUUUUGUUUUGUUUAUUUUGCUGUUUUUUUUAAAUAUUCAUCCUUAUUUGAAUGAUUAUAUCAAUAAAACGAUAAAAAAAUGUCUGAAAAGAUGAAAUAUUUUUCAAUUUUCAUUUUAUUGUUUAUAAUUUCAUUGGUGAAGAUAACUUAUGCCAACACUGAAUGUCAACGUAAAAAAUUUGAUCAAGAUUCGUUUGUUUGUGUAUGUAAUGAAAAAACAUGCGAUACUUUUGAUAAAUUGAAAAAAACAUCACAAGGAAUUGUUCAGGUGUAUGAAUCAAGCCGUAAUGAUUUUCGAUUUCGACCAAGUCAAAUUAAUUUUACCAAAAGUGGUAUGAUUUUGUCCAAUGAUGAUCAUAUUCAGAUCAAUGUGGAUAGAACUAAAAAAUAUCAAAAAAUUAUUGGUUUUGGUGGUGCAUUUACCGAUGCUGCUGGUUUAAAUAUUGCUUCACUUUCGAAAAAACUUCAAUCACAAUUGAUUGAAGAUUAUUUUGGAUCAAAUGGAAUUGAAUAUACACUUGGUCGUAUACCGAUUGGUGGAUCGGAUUUUUCUUCUCGUCCAUAUACUUAUGAUGAUUUUAAUGAUGAUGAUAGUUUGUCAAAGUUUAGCUUACAAAUGGAAGACUAUCAAUUCAAGAUUCCUUAUUUGAAAAUGGCACAGAAAAUUAGUCCAAAUAAAUUACAUUAUUAUGCAAGUCCAUGGAGUUCUCCACGUUGGAUGAAAACAAAUAAUGAUAUUAGACAUGGUGGCCUACUUAAAGGUCAUCCUGGUGAAAAAUAUUAUAAACUUUUUGCUAAAUAUAUUGUUCGAUUUCUUCAAGAAUAUGAUAAGCAAAACAUUUCAUUAUGGGGAAUUACCAUUGAAAAUGAACCAGGUGCAGGUUUUGAUCCUAAUUAUAAAUGGAAUUGUUUGGGAUUCAAUUCAACAUUGGAACGUGAUUUUCUUAAGCUUGAUCUUGGACCAGAACUACAUCAAAAUGGCUAUACUAAAAAUAAAUUAGCUGUUAUGAUUUAUGACGAUCAAAUGCCACAAAUGAAAACAUUCACGGAAACAGUAAUGGCCGAUGCAGAAACAGCUAAAUAUGUAUCGGGUGUUGCUUUUCAUUGGUACAACAAUGAUAAAGCUGACCGAAAUGAUUUAGAUAAAUUGAAUGCUAAAUUUCCGAAUAUUUUCCUUCUGGCAACGGAAGCAUGUGAAGAAUGGAAAAAUAGUCCAAAAAAAGUACAUCUUGGAAGUUGGCAUCUGAUGAAUCGCUAUGCUAAUGAUAUUAUAAAAGAUUUAAAUCAUUAUUCAACCGGAUGGACAGAUUGGAACCUGGCAUUAGAUUUGAAUGGUGGUCCAAAUUGGGUUGGAAAUAUGGUUGAUGCACCGAUAAUAAUCAAUGCAACGGCAAAUGAAUAUUAUAAACAGCCAUCAUUCUAUGCAAUGGGACAUUUUAGUAAAUUUUUACCACCAAAUUCAACAAGAAUUCAUUGGGAAAUUGAAUCAAAUCUUUUAAACAAAAUCGAUGUGACAACAUUUUCAAGGCCCGAUGGAUCUUUAGUAAUGAUAUUAUUAAAUCAAAAUCCGAAAACAAUUCCUAUUCAAGUGUAUGAUCGAGAACGAGGACAUUUUCAAUUUGUCAUGGCAUCGGAAUCGAUUGCAACUUUUCUUUGGUACUAAGAUAAAGCAAAAUUGAUUGUUUUUUGAAAAAAAAAUAUUUGACUAUUUGAAUCGAUUGCUAUGCAAAUUAAAUUAAUAAAUAAUGAAAUAAAUAUCAUUUUCAUUUUCCA